GAAGAUGGCGGCGGGCAGGCGCUCACCGAAGAGCGGGCUGCUGGAACUGCGCGCUCCGGGCAGCGCGGGGCCCGGGCCCUGGCUGCGGGUCUUGGUCAGCCUGGCAGCGGACGUGGUGACGGUGAGCGCCGCGCCGGCUAGCGGCGAGCCCGAGCCGGGGCCGGGGCCGGGCUCGGAGCUUGCGUCCUUGCCCCAGCUCAACGGCGCAGAUCCCGGGGCUCCCGCAGCCCCCGGAGCGCCCCCAACGCCGCCACUGCCCCACGCGCUGCUCAACCAGAAGCGGACGGUGCGCGUGGUGAAGCAGGAGGCGGGCGGGCUGGGCAUCAGCAUCAAAGGUGGCCGAGAGAACAAAAUGCCCAUUCUCAUCUCCAAGAUCUUUAAGGGGCUGGCAGCUGACCAGACAGAGGCUCUGUUUGUGGGCGAUGCUAUCUUGUCCGUGAACGGUGGAGACUUGUCCACAGCCACUCAUGAUGAGGCCGUGCAAGUGCUCAAGAAAACCGGCAAGGAGGUGGUUCUGGAGGUCAAGUACAUGAAGGAGAUCUCACCGUAUUUCAAGAACUCUUCAUCAGGGGCUACUGUAGGCUGGGAGUCACCGACUGCCUCCUCCCCGACCCUCUGCCCCCGGGACCUCAAGGAGGGAAAAAACGUCUCCUUGAAGAUGGCAUAUGUCUCAAGAAGGUGCAUCCCUGCUGAUGCUGAGCGCAGGUACUUGGAGUUGCGUUCUGCAGAUGGCCGUGACAUCCUCUUCCUGAGAGCCAAGGAUGAGGCCAGUGCUCAAGCGUGGUUGGCUGCCAUCCAGGCUAACAUCGGUGUCCUCGUACCCUGGGUCACUGAUGAACUGCGGGCCCUACUCGCAGCUGCUGGAGGUGUUUCUGGGAGCAAGGAGAUCAAGCGGAUUGGCUGGCUAACUGAGCAGCUCUCAGGUGGGGGGACAGAGCCUGUUCUGGCCGUGUUGACGGAGAAGGACCUUUUAUUCUAUAGCAACCUGCCCCAGAACCGAGAUGCCCUCAGUGCUCCUGCCCGCAGCUCUCCGCUCAUUGCCACGAGACUGGUGCAUUCAGGCCCUUCUAAGGGCUCUGUCCUCUAUGACUCAGAGCUGUCCUUCGCCCUCCGCUCGGGGACCCAUCAGGGGGUGGAGACCCACCUGUUCAGUGUGGAGUCACCCCGGGAUCUGUCUUCCUGGACCCGCCUGCUGGUGGAUGGUUGCCACAAUGCUGCAGAGGCUGUCCAGGAGGUGUCCACAGCUUGCACGUGGAAUGGGCGGUCGUGUAGUCUCUCUGUGCACAUCGACAAGGGGUUCACCCUGUGGGCAGUGGAACCUGGCCUGGCCAAGACCUUGUUGCUGCAGGAACCCUUUGAGAAGCUGCAGAUGUCCUCUGAUGAUGGCUCCAGCCUGCUCUUCCUGGACUUUGGGGGCACCGAGGGAGAGAUUCAGUUGGACCUUCACUCCUGCCCCAAAACCAUCGUUUUCAUCAUCCACUCCUUCCUUUCUGCCAAAGUCACCCGCCUGGGGCUGGCCUAAGGCCUCCGGGGUGGGAGCUUGGGGGCCACAAAGCCCAGAAGAGAGGCCCACACAGCUCACUGACCGACAGAAGGCAGGAAGAGGAGAGCAGAGCGUCAAGAGAACAGAGCCAGGAAACCAGUGGUGCCGGGGUUGCCAGAGACCCCUGUGCGAUGAGGGCUUACAGGGUGGUGGCCUCCCGAGACACAGUCCCUGUGAAGGAGCAGCUGACCCCGAGGCUGUUCCCACACCAGUGCCUUGCAGAGUGAUAUUUUGUGUACAAAUAAGCCAUUCCUUAUUUGAUACUUUUGUGGCCAGGGCUGAGAUGCAGCCGGGAGAUGGGGGGACAAGGAGAUCUGCUCCCAGCUCUCCUGGGGACAGGUUGGCAUUUGGCAUAUCUGGGUCACACAGACACAAGGAGUGGGCCAUGCCUCAGCCUGACCCGACCCAUCCCCCAGAGCCAUGACUCUUUUUAUGGGGGGCAAGAAGCCCUCAUGUCCAGGGGAGGCCCUUAGGCUUUCUCCAGAUGUGGUCCUUCCUGGGGCAAGGAGAAGAAGGAAGAGAAUUCCCAUUUUCUCAGCCCAAAUUCCACCAUGAAAUCUUUUCUCCCCCUUUUGUGUUCUGUUUUUUUUUGCGUUCUCUUGGUGAAAUAAACAGCCCCGCUUCACCAUGG